UGGGGAUGCUUUAAUUGCACUCAACCUACUGACGCCGUUGCAUGUCCUCAACACAACUCUUGGGCUCUGAGCUACGAUGAUGGACCAAGCCCGGAUACUCCAGCAUUGCUGGCUCUGUUGGCCAAACUCAAUGUCAAAGCAACGUUUUGUGUUGUUGGUUCUAGAGUACUUGCUAGGCCUGAGAUUCUCCGACAAGCAUACGACGCAGGCCAUCAGAUCUGCGCGCAUACUUGGAGCCACCGAUUUUUAACAUCGCAGACUAAUGAGCAGAUUGUUGCGGAGUUUGAAUGGGGACUUCAAAUUAUCGAACAAGUGACAGGUGCACGUCCUGCCUAUGCUCGACCACCAUUUGGCGAUAUGGACGAUCGAGUACGAGCUGUUUUAAAAAGUAUGAAUCUGACUCCAUUACUAUGGAACAGAGACACUUUUGACUGGAAUCUGGGUGAUCCCAACUCUGGAUUCCAGGCUGGAUGGAUUACUGGUAAUUUUACCAAUUGGAUUGCAACAGCUGGAACCACAUCCACAGGAUUCAUGUCGCUUGAGCACGAUCUAUAUCCGCAGUCGGCGGCUCAGACUCUUCCAGCAUUACAGCUUGUAUACGAUGCUAAAUUCCAAAUCCAGCCUGCUUCUACCUGUCUUGGC